AAAACCACCACCGCGGCGUAAACGUAACUCAGAUUCCUCGCGCGCGCGGUCGUUAAAACCCCCGUGCUUCCAUGCAAAGCUUUGCAACCACCGAUCAAGCCCCAGCUGCUCCUGCCUCCAGCUAGCUAGCCUGAUUGAUCUCUUCCCCAUUUGGUCGAUCGUCUUCUUCCUGGCGAGAGCCAGCUAGGUUGCUGCAGCCAUGGCGCACGGGAUCAUCGGAAGCUACCACCACUCCGUCGUGGUGUCGCGCGUGGCCAUGCUCGCACACGUGCUGUUCCUGACCACCGCCGUCCUCAUGCUCGUCUGGCUGCUGCACUACCGGGGCGGCAUCAACAUACAGUCCGAGAACCCCAACCAGAUUUUCAAUGUCCAUCCAUUUGUGAUGUCCUGGGGUUUCAUUCUUCUUAUUGGAGAAGCCAUCCUGGCGUACUCGACGAUCCCGAUGGACCACCGGACGCAGAAAAUGGCGCACAUGCUGAUCCACCUGGUGGGUCUGAUCCUGGGCAUCUUCGGCGUGUACGCGGCGUUCAAGUUCCACGACGUGGCUGUGGCGCCGGACCUCGUGAGCCUCCACUCGUGGCUCGGCAUCACCACCGUCUCCCUCUUCGGCCUGCAGUGGCUGCUCGGCUUCGUCACCUUCUGGCUGCCAGGCGCGCACGAGCGGACCCGCGCCGCCGCGGCGCCCGCGCACGUCAUGGCCGGGCUCGCCAUCUUCCUGCUGGCCGUGUGCGCGGCGCAGACGGGGCUCGUGGAGAAGAGCGCCGGGGCCGCCUCCACCGGCGAGACCAAGCUCAUCAAUGCCACGGGGAUAUUCAUCCUCCUCUACGCGGUCGCCGUCGUCUCAGCCGUCGCGCUGCGCAAGGCGUUCUUGUAGGCGGCGCCGCGGCCGGCGCGCGCGGUUGUUUGAUCGACCACACCUGGUUCGUUUCGUUGUUGAUACGGCUGGAAUGGAUUGUACCUGCAAAGUGAGUUUCUGUAGUUUGCGCGGUGAUGGUGUGCAGAAUGUGUGAGUUUUUUGCGACAUUUA